AUGGUGAUGGCCACGCAGUUGGAAGCCGCUUACGAAGGUCCGAGGUUCGUAGAAGCCUUUGCGAACAAUUUGACGCCAUAUUUGACGAUAUUGUUGCUUAUGUCCAUAGCAGAACGGGACGAACUGGCGCUGACGGAUACUAUCGGUAAUUUUGUAUGCCGUUCAUGCACAAAUAGCUUCAGGAUCGAAUUUGGUGCGUUGACGUCCCUAAAACCAACCACGAAAGCCAACGAUUUGAAAAAUUAUGAGAAGGCAAACCGGCUAAUGCCGUCACUCCGAUAUAAGGACCCCCAGAGAUAUACGCAGGAGAUCGUCAGCUGUAUUAGAUAUAAUGGCGAAAAGGACAAGGACGGCCAGAGCGACUAUUUAAAAAUU